UUUGUUUUCCCUAACAUGAAAUAUCCUUGUGUUCCCAGCAAUGCUGAAUUUCCUAGUCUUUCAGAGGUAAGAAGAGAAGAAGUAGAUGACAUUUACAUGCUCCCUUCCUUACAAGAAGAUAAAAAAAAUAGCUCGGAAGAGGAAGAGGAAAAAGAAUGGGAAGAAAGGAUGACCCAGAAGAAAGUACUGCAAGAAGAAUUGCUUGAAAAUCCUCGUUCUGUGGAUGUCGAAUCAGAAGAUUUCUUGAUCUUGCCUCCUGAAAUAAAACACGAGAUCCUCACUGACAUGAAGGAAUUCACCAAACGAAGAAGAACGUUAUUUGAAGCAAUGCCUGAGGAAUCCAAUGACUUCUCCCAGUAUCAGCUCAAGGGUUUGCUUAAGAAAAGCAGCUUGAAUCGACACAUAGAAAAAGUGCAGAAGGAGAUGAAUGAACAACACUCUGGCCAAAUCCAGCACCAGUAUGAAGAAGAUGGGGGCUUCUUGAAAGAAUUGGAAACCAGGAGGGUUGUAUCUGAAGAUACUUCUCAUUACAUCCUGUUAAAAGGUACCCAGUCCAAAGGAGAUACUUCUAGUCAUGUGACAUCUGCAAGCCAUUCUUCUGCAAUGCCUAAAGAUUCAAAACCUAGCAAAAAUAUUAGCAAGAUGCAAGUUAAGCCAGUCUCAUGUGACCUUUCAAAGAUGGAAUCAACCAGUAGUAUUUAUUCAGCACCUCCUUCUCCCAGAACUGUGCUUGCUAUCCAGGCUGCUAUGUUGGGAAGCAGUUCGGAAGAUGAGUUGGAAGAUGGAAAGAAGAACCAUCCUGAUUUAGAUAAAUGUGAAUCCAAGCCCAGUGUAGAUGCAGGUAACAUGUCUCCACGAACACUCAAAGCUAUUCAGCAGGCAUUAUGUGAGGAGGAGGAAGUUGUCACAGCAACAUUUAUCAAUAGGACUAAUAAUACUCAGGGAAAAAGAGCUUCCACGAAGGACCAUCUUACCAGCAGUUCAGAUGAAGAAGAAGGCCAAGAUCCUGAAGAUCAAAAUGAAAAACAACUUUUACCAAUAUGGCAGUUGGAAAGUAGAAAUAUUAACCAAAACAGAGAAUUUGUGUUGGAACAUGAUCAGAGUAUAGCUAAAAGCCCAUGUAUCCCUGUUGUGCAAAAAAAACCUUUGUCUGGGACAGAAAAUGAAGAAAAAAGUGUGAAAACAUGGAUUUCUCAAACAGAUGUAAGUCUUGUACGAUAUCAGAGUCCAAACAGCAGCAUAAAGCAGCCAGAAAUUUCUUUGACUCCAAUUCCAUUGGUUGGCUCAACCCAUUCAGGUUUUGCAGAGUUAGCCCAAACUGGAAAACUUCAGAGUUUAAAGGAAUUGGCUAACCAUCCAGAAAAAAAUGUAUCCGGUACACAGAAUGAAUUUUUGUUUGCUUUAGAUACCCCGAAACCUGAAGAGUGUGUGGAACCUCAAUCGCAGUCGGAAGAAAGUGAUUCUGAUGGUAGCUUCAUUGAAAUAGAGGCUGAACCAAGUGGUGAACCACAAGAUGGACCAUCUGAGACAUCCCUUGCUUCCACUGAAGAGCAGGUUGGAAUGGUGUCUGAAAUGAGGGAGGAGAGUGAGGGCGCUGUGGAGAAUGAAUCAGAAAAUGGUGAAGAUGCAGAGCUUGCUAUGCAACACCAUAUUGAAACAAAAGGCACAGAGAAAGCUGAAAUUAAUGAAUGGCAGAAUAUUAGUAUGGAGGAUUUGGAAGUCUUGGAAACAAACCUGUCUGUUGAACAAACAGCACUUCAAGCUCAGAAACAGCAGCAGGAGCGUUCUGCUGCCACUGUGACAGGACAGAUGUUCUUAGAGAGCCAGGAACUUCUGCGCCUCUUUGGCAUUCCAUACAUCGAGGCUCCAAUGGAAGCAGAAGCUCAGUGCGCUGUCUUGGAUCUUACUGAUCAAACAUCUGGGACAAUCACAGAUGACAGUGAUAUUUGGUUGUUUGGAGCCCGGCAUGUGUACAAAAACUUCUUCAGUCAAAACAAGUAUGUCGAAUAUUAUCAGUAUGUGGACUUCCAAAAUCAGCUAGGCUUGGAUCGAAACAAGUUGAUUAAUUUGGCCUAUCUCCUUGGCAGUGACUACACCGAGGGUGUUCCUAACGUUGGCUGUAUAACAGCAAUGGAGAUUUUGAAUGAAUUCCCUGGGCGAGGACUAGAGCCUCUCUUAGAACUAAUGGAAUGGUGGGCUGAAGCUCAAAAGAAUAAGAAAAUACGUCCCAAUCCAUAUGACACUAAAGUGAAGAAAAAGCUGCGGCACAUAGAAAUUGCCCCUGGUUUCCCAAAUCCUGCUGUGGCGGAAGCUUAUCUGCACCCUGUGGUAGAUGAGUCAAAGGGGUCCUUUAUUUGGGGAAGACCUGAUGUGGAACAAAUUAGAGAAUUUUGCCAAAGUCAUUUUGGAUGGACUAAGUUAAAAACUGACGAAGUCCUCUUUCCUGUCCUCAAACAACUGAAUAUUCAACAGACUCAGCUGCGUAUUGACUCAUUCUUCAGGCUUGCACAACAUGAAAAACAAGCCAUCAAGAGCCAAAGGCUUCGCCGAGCUGUGACCUGCAUGAGAAGGAAAGAGAAGGAAGAAGAGGAAAGUGAGGUCCAGGAGGCAACUGCAGUCCUAGAAGAAGAAUUUAAACAGAGGAAAGGGCGGACAUCCAGUAAAGGAAGAGCUGCAUGUCAGAGCCGAGGAGGCAAACGGAAAAAAUGCCCACCAUCUGAGCAACGGGGCUUUCACGGCGGUGGCUUCGUAGGAGAGGUUCUGCUCUCGGAGGCAUCCAGUGAGUCGUCAGUGGAUGACUUGGAGAAUGAAGCUUCCGAGAAGUACAGAAGAGGGGAGAAUGCAAAGAUGCUCAAAACAAAUGUGGCAAGUCACAAGACUAGCCUAGAGGUUGCAUCUGCUCACAGUGAAGCAGGGAGCAGUAGCUCCAGUGCAGAGGAGGAAAAACAGAUGGUGACAGCCAGGCCCGUGUUUGAGGGCAAAAAAGCACGAGGCAAGACUUUACGGGGAAGGUGGAAGAAAUAAUGCUAGCUGGAAACAUACAUGGGGUUUUAAACAUUAUCUUAUAAAUGACAUAAUAUAAGUUUCACUAGAAAGGCAUUGUUUCCCACUUUCUUAUCAAUUCCCAUCCCAUAUUUGAUUUUUUUAAUAUAUUGAGACUGUUUAUAUACUUAAUAACAGCACGAUAUGAAAGUUUUAAAAACCUUUUUAAAUAGGAAACAUCUGUUUUCUCCUCAAGAUAGCUUCUGCUAAAGUUUGUCGGCUUGCUUCUUAGAAUUAUCUGACGGUGAUUUGUGGCAGGUAUGGUUUUUGGGUUGAAAAUGAAUUCAACUUAAUGGUGUUGCUAAUCUGACAUUAAGCUUCACGUAUCACAAUAUAAAACAAGUGAGCUACUAUACAGAGCUUCUGUAUCUCACUAGUAGGAAAUACAGUAUGUGGGACAGCCUCAUUUCCGCGUAUCUUGCUGUGCACUUAUUAUUAAAAAUUGGUUUGUGUGGGGGUAUAAUUCAUAUAACUGCGAGACUUAAUUAUUAUUAAAGCAAUCUUUCAAGGUGCUUUCUUCUGAAUGGCCAGAAUCAUUUUAUUGGUUUCAAUACCUACAAAUAAGUAGCAUUGUCCAAAAGGAAUGAUAAAAACAAGAUAGAUGUCAUGUCCCCCGUUGCGAUGUAUACAUACAUACAUCGCAACGGGGAACAUGCCUUUCCGAUGAAGGGGAAGGGGAAGGAAAGAAUCAGUGCUAAUCCUAUAAGCACUGAAAGAUAUAAAACAGAUAAAGGACAAAGGGGCAUACCUUUGCCCUGACCCGGGAAGCCAUUAUCCUAUCUCCCUGACAUCUCUGCAUUACCACGGGGGACACACCUGCUCCGGACACAGGAAGAGGACAGAGGCAAUCAGCGCUAAUCCCCCUGAUCGCCCAUCGAGACUCCGGAAUCGCCCCCUGAUCGCCCAUCGAGACUCCGGGUUCACUGUCGGGCAAGACUUUGGGACAAUGGGGGGUGGGGAAGGAUCAGGUCCAGACCGCAGGUAUUUACCGGCUACCUCGCACACCAUGUGCUCAUUCCCGUCUUUCUCUGUGUCUGCAUUCUAUUCCUAAUAAACCAGAUAUCCUUAGCCCUG